AUGGAUAGUAAUUACGAGUCUGUUCAGGGCGCGAUCGCGUCGCUGACGAUACGACAAUGGGUAGUUGUUACUGUGGUCUCUUGGUUUGUGUACAAGAUCGUUGAGGCUCUGUACAACAUCUCGCCACUUCACCCGCUAAGCAAGGUCCCUGGCCCGAAACUCGCGGGAGCAACUUAUCUACCCGAAUUCUAUCAUGAUGUAAUUCUCGUCGGGCGUUAUACACAUGCCAUUCAAAAGAUGCACGAGAAAUAUGGCCCCAUUGUUCGCAUCAACCCAAAUGAGACACACUGUUCUGACAUGGCUUUCUCCGAGGAGAUCUACGCUGUUGGAGGACGCAAGCGCGACAAGCCAUUUCACCAAGUCAACGGUUCAGCAGCUGGAACAGGCAACGCAUUUGGUACCCCUGAUCACGAUGUCCACCGAUCUCGACGUGGCCCUGUAGCCAAGUUCUUCUCCAGAGCCAUGAUUGCGCGACUCGAGGAAGAAGUCCACGAGCUAGCCCAGACACUGUGCAACAAACUACUAGCUGAAAGUAGCGGCAAAGAAAAGAGCGCUCCUAUCGAUGUCGCACAUGCAUACAGUUGCUUCACCUCCGACGCCAUUUCCAGCUACUGUUUCGGUGAGGCUUUUGGACUUUUGUCGCGCGAUACCUGGAGACCUACUUUCCGUGAGGCGACUCUGGCUGUUCUCAAGCCAGUAUUUGUCUUUCGAUUCUUCCCAUUCCUCGUUGGUAGUGUCAAGUAUGGCAAGCAUUUCGUCGACUACCUACCUGCCGAUGCUGCUAUGCUUGUUCGAACUCUGCAAAUCGACAUCCCCGCUCGUGUGACAAAGACAAAGACAGACCUCAACUCUGGUAUCGUCUAUGAUCGACCAACCAUUUUCGCCGAUCUUCUUCAGUCUGAGCUGGAUGAGAGUGAGAAGGGAACUGAUCGUCUUGUUGAAGAGGCUGUUACCAUCGUCAACGCUGGAACCGAGACCACGAGUUGGGCAUUGGCUGUUAUCACCUAUUUCCUCUUAUCGCAGCCCGAGACUAUGAGCAAGUUGCAGGCUGAGCUGGCCACUGUUGUUGAUGACCCGCGACACUUGCCUUCUUGGACAACACUUGAGAAGCUGCCAUACCUUGGAGCUGUUAUCAACGAGGGCCUGCGUCUAUCCUACGGUGUUUCUAGCCGUUCAGCUCGUGUUCCUACAGCAGAGGAUCUUAUCUACCAUGGAGAGUUUAACAAGCAGCACACCACUAUCGUUCUUCCCCGAGGUUAUGCUAUCGGCAUGUCAUCAGCCAUAUCUCACCACGACGAAUCUGUCUUCCCCGACUCUUACUCUUUUACCCCCGAGAGAUGGAUCGACGACGAUGGAACUAUCAGGAAGAACUUGGAGCGAUCUAUGCUUGCCUUCUCCAAGGGUAGCCGUGGAUGUCUUGGUAAAAAUCUCGCCCUUUGCGAGUUGUACCUUUCUCUUACAGCACUUGUCAUGAGGGUUAUGCCUCGCAUGACUCUCUACAACACAUCUGAGCGUGAUGUUCGAUACGAUCACGAUAUGUUUAUCCCAGUGACUGUCAAGGGAAGCACAGGAGUUAGAGUGACAAUCGAAGCUUAA